AUGGAGUUCUAUGACCAGGACUUUCUACAGCAAUUGGCUCCACUCAUUGUCGUGGAGCGUCCAGAACUGAUUCCAGGAGAUGCUCUAAAGCAAUUGUCGUUAAAUUUCGAGAAGUCAAGCAUAUCCAAGAGUUAUUGGGAUAAUUCAAUUAUCAAAAAUAGACUUCUGAGCACUAAAUACAUAAUAGAAUAUGUUUCCAAUGAAGAGGAGCAGUAUAAGUUGAUUAGUAUUCAUAAAAACAGAAACCAAUCUGAACACUCGAUUAACUCACCUUUCAAUUUGAAGUCUGAUUUGUUUCCUAAUGGGAUUUUAUCCCGAAAAUGGUUUGACAAAUACCUAAAAGACUUACCAUUUGCAUUCAUAACUAUUUCCAAACUACCAGAUAACCCAGAAGAAGAUCUGGAGUUGAGUUCUAGAUUAUUAAGUUUGAAGAAUAAGUACCACCAAAACAAUAUAAAAUUUAUCACAAUCUUAGUAUCUAAUUCAGUAGACCCUGAAGAAGAUGAUGAUAGAGUUAAUAAAUUGAGACAACUCACUAACCUUCCAAAAUUAUCUGGAAUACUUCACCUUCAUAAUUCUCCUAAGACUUUACAAAGAGAUUCAGAAAUACUAGUAGCCAGUUUAUUAUCGAAUUUAAAGAAUGCAGCCACCGAUUUUUACUCGGGUAUUGAAUACAAAAUUAAACAACGAAAUAAAAAAUACUAUUCAUGUCCUUCAACUAAAGAUAUUGAAACUUCAAUUGAACUUACUCCAGACUUCCUUGAAACUCGUAACAUGAUAAAACAAGCAAUGAUCCAUCAGUUAACAUAUCCUCAUAACUUAGAGUCAAGUAUUAAACUACUUGAAUUGUCCUAUGAGCAUAUUAUUUUGUUAUUGAGGGACAUUGCAGGAACACUUUACUCGAGCAACGAAGUAUUUCAGCAUGACAUUGAGUUAUUCAAGCAAAUCCGCAAUUUGAUUGACAUUCUUGCUUUUCACAUUGUGAGAGGUUACUUAUCUAUUGAAGAGCCAACUUUAGCUCUUAGAAAGCAUCAAGCUCAUAUUACGAAUGUGCUUGAUAUCAUAUCAUAUGAUCGUAAUUUAAAGAGCAACAAUAACUGGUUAUCUAUUCAAUAUCAGUGGAUUGCCGAAUUGAUGAGCUUGGUUCCUAAAUCUUUGAUGUUCAAUGUUCAUUCAAAGACCUUCAGAAAGAAAGCCAAAAAUAUGAAAUUAAUCGAAUUUUACGGAGGUAUAAAAUUCUUAGAUCAAUUUCGUUUUGAUGUUUUCACUAACCCCGGUUUUCUCUAUUUAAAGGCUGCGGGCUUACUUUCUUCAAAUACUUCGAAGUUUAAGUCUCAACUUUCGUUCUUGGAAUAUGUUGACGAUGUAUCUGUGAUAGCGAAAAGGAAGAUUGAACUAUUGAAACACUCCAAAGAAGCUUUUAAGUAUAUUGAAACUGAUUCAAAAUCAAACAAUGGCGAUGAGAAUCAGAAUGAGUAUCAUAACUUCACUAAUUACAUUAAUUGGCUCGUAGCAGAGGAAUAUAUGAACUUGGGAAACGAACAAUAUAACAUGGAAAAUGCCAUAAGAUUUUAUCAGGACAUUUUAGUUGAAAAUGCUUCUGAGUCUAACGUUCCAGCUUUGGGCUCCUGGUUUAAAUUUUCUUCCCUUAUUUAUCAAAAACUUUUGAACUGUUUCUUCGUUAUUGGAGAUACAAAAGGUGUUUUAUCGACAGUAAUAAGUCUAUCCUUAGUUUCAAAAUCACCAAAAUAUGUAAUUGCUACUCCUAUCCCUUUGUUGAAUGCAUUCAAAGAAGAUAAUUUGCAACUUGACCUUGAAGACAGGAAAUUUAACUUCUUUGAUCUUGACGUAUUAUUGGUUGAUGAAGGAUCCAAGAAUAACGAAACAUUUGUUUAUGACAAUAUCACCACCCAGUUGGUGUUUAAUCCCAAGGUGAAUUUGGAAGUCUUAAGAAGUUUGAUCCAGGAUGAUAUCUCGAGCAUACUGUUAAAGAUAAACAGUGUUGAGGUUUUACAUUCAAUUUCUCUGAAUGACGUUAUUCUAUAUAAUGCAAAAGGUAUGAAUGGACCCAAAAUUCUUCAAAACAAAAUUGAGUUUAACAAAAAGUCUAAUAACAUGGAAGGUAAGGUAGGCUUGGAAUUUGAUAGUCAGAAUCCAAUUGUUAUACAAUAUAGCCAACGAGCUGAUCGAGCUGGAAUGUAUCUGGUACAAUCAAUAAAGCUAACUCCAUCAAUUGAAAUUGUUAGUAAAGGACGAACCAUAACUUUGAAUAAGACUGAACGCUUAGUUUUUGAUGAAAUUGAAAACACAAGAAGUUUGUAUUCACACCAUAAGAACUUUUACAGUAUACCUCAUAGCUCCGAAUCUGUUCACGGCCUCAAUGACUUAUUGACAAGCUCUAUAAGGCUCUCGAAUACAUUGUCUCAUUGCAUAAAGAUUUCACCAUUGAAACCCGAUGUUUCUGUAACGAUGUCUGCUAAUAAUUUGAAUUCGAUCAUCUUAGGGGAGAAGAUUAUUCUUCCAUUUUCAAUCAAUUAUACCAGUCCUAAACAACACAAAUUUGAAUGUGAAUCAAUUUUCUUAUCCCUGAAGGUUAGUAUUGUUAGUAAUCGGAAAGAUGCUGAUCUUGGAGAUUUGAUGACGUUUAGAAAUAACUGGGAAAGUUUGAAGGAUGACGAGGUAUUGAAUUUGAAAGAAUUAGUGGAUCAAGAAGGAGGCUCAAAAAGUCAAAAACUUUUCUUAAGUAUUCAUUGCUCUCCUCAAAACCGUAUCAAAAUACAGCAAAAUUCGUAUCGGGUUGUUAUUGAUUUGAAGACCAUUGUUCAUUAUUCAGGAAUUGAAGAUACAAAAAAUGAUGAUGCUUAUGAAAAUGAUCAAAUGAGCAUUUAUGAUACAGCAAGUUAUACCUUCCCAAUAAUUAACGAGCCAUUUGAAUCGAAAUUUGUAAUUAGUCCCAGGUAUAGAUCUGGAAAUGGUAUUAGUGAUAUGCCAAACCCAUUUGUUUUACUGGAGUCACCGACGUCUCAAGAACAAAACCAUUCAAUGCCUAUUGCAACCAGAUUCUGGAUGGGUAAAUUAGAAUUGGCCGAUAACUUCAGUACAUACGAUAGGGAGAAGAAUGAAAAAUUGAAAAUUAUACUGUGUUCUUUCCAAAUUAAAAGCAAGAAUCCUGGAUUAAUUAUUGAUCUAGUUGAAGAAGCCCAAAAGAAAAAAGAGUAUGUUAUAAAUCAAUAUUUUACCACUAGAAGCAAACACGGUAUGACCCACCGUAAUGUUAGUUUGGUGGUUACCGCAUUGGUGAAAUGGUGUCGAGAAAAUAAUCAAGAUACUGUGAAUGAAUUCGAAAGUGAAGACUGGGAAAUUGUAUUGCCGUUAUCAGAUCCCAGAGUUCUUAUGGAUCUUGAACGGGACGGGGAUGCCGAGGACCGGGUCAAGUUGAAGUAUGUUCUUGAAAAUCCAACCCCUAGAAUAUUCACUUUUUCAACUCAAAUGGUUGAAAAUGCUGAAGAUGAAGAAGUGAGUUGGAAAUUUGAUGAUGAGCGGAAUGAAACCCCAUUAAAACAAGCUCCUUUUGCAGUUUUACCAUUUACCAGGCACGCAAUGAACUUUUAUUCCCAAUAUUCAUGUCCUGAACUAUCGCCAGAGAAGAUCCGGGUGGUUAGGUUACCUCAAUUUCGGGUCCUUGACGUUGAUUACAAGAUUUCUCUACCAUCGUUAUCGGUAAAUGAACAAGUUCUAAUUGAAAAUAAUACGUUAUAUUGGCACAAGAAUAUAUAA